AUGCGCAUUCCGCACGAAGUCUCAUGUGCAAUCUGCCAUGAAAUUGUCACGGAUCCGAUCACACUGGACUGCUUCCACCACUUGUGCGCAGCUCACGUGGCGAACUUCGGGAAUGGAGAUCCUGUAGCAUGUCCAAUUUGCAAGGCAUCGAGCCCAGUACCUGAGGGUGGCUUGAAAGUGGAUACCGUGAAAAAGAUCGUUGUGGACUACUUCAAGCAACAACUGGCCUUGAAGGAACCAGAUGAGGAGAGCGAACCACUGAGACCGAUCCCUGUGACCUGUGCCUAUUGCGAGGAGCAGGAAGCCACCCGAAGAUGUGUGGAAUGCCACGGCCAGCCCCUUUGUGAAGAGUGUGCAACGUCCACUCACAGCAAAGGCUACUUCCGGGAGCAUACCUUCAUGGGCGUGAGAGACGAUCUUCCGAAGAAAGACAAGGAGAAGGAUGACUUCAGGAUGGUUUGUCCAGAACAUGGCGAAAAGCUGGAGUUCUAUUGUUGUGACUGUCGGACGCCAAUCUGUUCGCACUGCCUCAUUGUGGGAUGUCACCAGGGUCACGAACGCACCAAGAUGGAUGAAGCCAUCUUGACUGGAAAGGACACGCUAGGAGCAUGGGCUCAGAAGAUGAAUCAGUUGAAAGCGUCCACAAAGGCCCUGCUUGAAGCCUUCCAAGCAGCUGAUGAGGAGGCCAUCAAGAAUGGAGAAAAUCAGCGGUCAACUGUCAACUACGAGAUGGACCAUUUGAGGGAGAUGAUCGAAACGAAGCGGCGGCAACUCCUGCAGCAAUCUGCCUUGGAGGAAAAGCAGAAACGCGUACAACUUCAGGUUCAAAUUCAACAGGCCCAAGCGGUCUUGAGUGAGAUUGAAUCCCUGAUCAGCAGAUCUGAGGAUUUAUUGGAAUUGAACUGCGAUCACCACUUUGUGGUUCUGGUUCUUCAAUUGAUUCAGGAUAUGAAGGGCCGCAGCAGCCAACAGGUUGAUGACCGGCGACGAGUCAACACCGCCUUUCGGAGCUUGAAUACCGACCAGCAGGUGCGAGUUAUUGGCGAGUUGGAGUUAGGGUAUCCUCAGCCAGUUAUGCAAGUGCUUGGCGGAUUGGUUCACCAGACCGAAGUGGUUGCUCCUGUGGCACCUUUCCAGGGCUCUUCUGCAACGACCAUGCCCUAUGUCUCGCACAGCAAUGGUGUUCAGCAUGCCAUGAUGGCACCUCAGGUGGUUCACGUGGGACACGUGUACAGGCAGUCCUUGCCGCCGCAGUGAUGCGCGGAGCUAAUUCAGUAGAACUCAUCGCAGUCCGAGGCG